CACCAUGUCUGGAAGAGGUAAAGGAGGAAAAGGACUCGGGAAAGGAGGCGCUAAGCGUCACCGCAAAGUGUUGCGUGAUAACAUCCAGGGAAUCACCAAACCCGCCAUCCGUCGUCUCGCUCGCCGCGGUGGUGUCAAGCGUAUCUCCGGUCUGAUCUACGAGGAGACUCGCGGUGUGUUGAAGGUGUUUCUGGAGAACGUGAUCCGUGAUGCCGUCACCUACACCGAGCACGCCAAGAGAAAGACCGUCACUGCCAUGGACGUUGUGUACGCGCUGAAACGACAGGGACGAACUCUGCCGAGGAGCUGUCACAGGAGGAGCGGGAGGGAACAGAAUCUCGUUAUCAUGGCAAGAACCAAACAGACCGCUCGCAAGUCCACCGGUGGAAAAGCCCCGAGGAAGCAGCUCGCUACUAAAGCCGCCCGCAAGAGCGCCCCCGCCACCGGUGGAGUCAAGAAGCCUCAUCGUUACAGGCCCGGUACCGUGGCGCUGAGAGAGAUCCGCCGUUAUCAGAAGUCCACUGAGCUGCUGAUCCGCAAACUGCCUUUCCAGCGUCUAGUGAGAGAAAUCGCUCAGGAUUUCAAGACGGAUCUGCGCUUCCAGAGCUCCGCCGUCAUGGCCCUGCAGGAGUCCAGCGAGGCUUAUUUGGUCGGUCUGUUCGAGGACACCAACUUUCGUUUUACAUUCACUAUGUCUGGAAGAGGUAAAGGGGGAAAAGGACUCGGGAAAGGAGGCGCUAAGCGUCACCGCAAAGUGUUGCGUGAUAACAUCCAGGGAAUCACCAAACCCGCCAUCCGUCGUCUCGCUCGCCGCGGUGGUGUCAAGCGUAUCUCCGGUCUGAUCUACGAGGAGACUCGCGGUGUGUUGAAGGUGUUUCUGGAGAACGUGAUCCGUGAUGCCGUCACCUACACCGAACACGCCAAGAGAAAGACCGUCACUGCCAUGGACGUUGUGUACGCGCUGAAACGACAGGGACGAACUCUGUACGGCUUCGGAGGAUAAACGUCUUCAUUCUCAUCAGAUAAACCCAACGGCUCUUUUAAGAGCCACACACACUCACACGAAGAGUCAAUGUUUCAGCUGUCUUGGUGGUAUCAUUUUGUUUAUAUUUACACGAUUAAUAUCAAUAUUAUCGUAAGUUAUGCAGAAAGAGUUUGUGCGCACUCGUUUUCUGAUUGUAUUUUUUUAAAUUAAAAAUGCAUUUUCCUCUCUGCUCCGUUAACCUGCACCCCCACUCAGGGGCUCACAGCUGAAAAUGACAUACCUGAAUUAAAAUAAAUAUAGCUCCUGAGAACAGUGUACCACAGGCACAAUUAAGGUCUCUUUGGAAAGAAGACAUUUGGCACUCUACUAACAAUAAAUCAGAGUUGAUAAUGCUCAAACAAAUAAAAAGUUAUAAAAGUUGAAGUGCCUCGUAAAUAAUGUGAACUUCAAAAAAUGUUUUAUUAUUUCAUGUACAAAUAUAUAAAAAUAGACCUGGAGGAAUCCAAUUAGGUAAAGGAUUGAAAGCCACAAGUCUCAUCAGUUUAUAUUUCAAAUUUGAGGAAGAUAUAAUGAAAAAUGGGGUUCCUGCAAGCUUUUUUCCAAGACUAUAUCAGUUCCCUUUCUCCCUACCCCUGCGCGAGGCACAUCCCCAGAAAUGACAUCCCCAAACUAAAUUAAUUGUAGUUACUGAACAAUUUGCUCUACAUGCACAAUUUAGACAUAUUUAAAAAGAAGACACUUUGGAGUUUAUUACCCAAAUGUAAAAGUUGAAAAAACUUACACAGACAAACAUUUAUAGAAUUUAAAGUGUCUUGAAGAUAAUUUGUACUGCAAGUAACAUUGCAUCAUUUUAUGAAAAAAUAAAUGA